AUGAAUAUGACAGCUCCUAGCCAACGGCCAGCCGUGCUUUCUUCUUCGUUCACUCGGAAUUUUCCGCGGCGCCUCCGGCUGCGCUUGCGCGAUCCCGGCCCGUCCCACGCGCGGCUCUUCUACUCCUUUUUCAAGUCCCUUGUGGGAAAGGAUGUGGUUGUGGAACUAAAAAAUGACCUGAGCAUCUGUGGAACACUUCAUUCUGUGGAUCAGUAUCUCAACAUCAAACUAACUGAUAUCAGUGUCACAGACCCUGAGAAAUACCCUCACAUGUUAUCAGUGAAGAACUGCUUCAUCCGGGGCUCAGUGGUCCGCUAUGUGCAGUUACCAGCAGAUGAGGUCGACACGCAGUUGCUCCAGGAUGCAGCAAGGAAAGAGGCCCUGCAGCAGAAACAGUGA